UAUACGCCGGAAUUGAAUCGGAAGUUAAGUGUCAUGGCUGUUCUUUUGGGUUCGAUGUGAAGCCUAUUAGCAAGGAUUUGCAAAGUUAAUGUUUUCUUCUAAGCGAAAUUGUUAUUAAUAGUUGUUGUUGUUGUUCAGGUUAGACACAGUCCGCGGUGAGUGUGUGCUCCUUGUUAGAGGAGCUGUAAGCUCUCAAAAUGAGGACUGUUUUGAUGGUGGCAGAGAAACCUUCCUUGGCUCAGUCGAUUGCCAAGAUCCUCUCAAAAGGGAAUUGCACAAAUCGCAAGGGGUUGAAUGGUGCAUGCUCAGUGCACGAAUACACCGGCAGUUUCCAGGGACAAACUGUACGCUUUAAAAUGACUUCUGUUUGUGGACAUGUGAUGAGUCUGGAUUUUGUUGGGAAAUACAACAACUGGGACAAGGUAGAUCCUGCAGAACUCUUUAGCAAAGCUCCCACAGAAAAGAAGGAAGCCAACCCAAAACUAAACAUGGUCAAGUUCCUCCAGGUGGAGGCCAAAGGAUGUGACUACGUGGUUUUAUGGUUGGACUGUGAUAAAGAAGGGGAAAACAUUUGUUUUGAGGUCCUGGAUGCCAUCCAGCCAGUGAUGAACAAAGGAGGGGUCAGAGAGCAAACCAUAUACCGUGCCAAAUUUAGCUCCAUUACUGACACCGACAUCUGGAACGCAAUGAACCACCUGGGAGAGCCCAACAGGAAUGAAGCCCUGUCAGUUGAUGCCCGUCAGGAGUUAGAUCUGCGCAUUGGCUGUGCCUUCACCCGGUUCCAGACAAAAUAUUUUCAGGGCAAGUACGGCAAUCUCGACUCCUCCUUGAUUUCAUUUGGACCAUGCCAGACUCCAACACUUGGCUUUUGUGUAGAACGUCAUGACAAGAUCCAGUCAUUUAAACCAGAGACUUACUGGGUCCUCCAGGCAAAGGUUUUUAAAGGAAAGGACAGCCCACUGACACUGGACUGGAACAGAGUGAGGGUCUUUGACAAAGAUGUAGCUCAGAUGUUUGUCAACCUGGCCAAGACAUCCAGGGAAGCCCAGGUGGUGUCAGUGAGUAUGAAGGAGAAGACCAAGCAGAGGCCCCAGGCGUUGAACACAGUGGAGAUGUUAAGAGUGGCCAGCUCUGCCUUAGGCAUGGGGCCCCAGCACACCAUGCAGAUUGCAGAGCGCCUUUAUACACAGGGAUAUAUCAGCUACCCUCGUACUGAAACAACUCACUAUCCAGAGAAUUUUGACCUGAAAGGCACACUGAAGCAGCAGACCAACAAUCCAGUCUGGGCAGAUGAGGUGAAAGCCCUGCUUGCAACUGGAUUAAACCGACCUAGGAAAGGAACUGAUGCUGGAGACCAUCCACCUAUUACUCCCAUGCGUGCUGCAUCAGAAAUGGAACUGGGAAGUGAUAGCUGGCGUCUGUAUGAGUACAUCACACGGCAUUUCAUUGCCACUGUUAGUCAGGAUUGCAAGUACUUACAAACCACUAUAGACUUCAGCAUUGGCACAGAGGCCUUCUCUUGUGGAGGAAAAACCCUCAUAUCACCAGGUUACACAACUGUGAUGCCUUGGCAAGGUAUCCCUCUUGAAGAAGCAAUGCCAGCUUGCGAACAUGGGGACACUUUUAUGGUGGAGGAGAUCAAGCUGGUGGAAAAACAGACCAGCCCACCAGACUACCUGACAGAGGCAGAACUCAUCACCCUCAUGGAGAAACAUGGCAUUGGUACUGAUGCCAGCAUCCCUGUCCACAUCAAUAACAUCUGCCAGAGGAAUUAUGUGACAGUAGAGAAUGGACGCAAGUUGAAGCCAACCAAUCUGGGCAUUGUCCUGGUACAUGGCUACCACAAGACAGAUGCAGAGCUGGUGCUGCCCACCAUACGCAGCGCUGUGGAGAAGCAGCUGAACCUUAUUGCCUUGGGUAAGGCCAACUUCCAGCAGGUUCUGCAGCAUACACUGGAUAUCUUCAAGAGGAAAUUUCACUUCUUUGUGGAUUCCAUCACCAGCAUGGAUGAGUUGAUGGAGGUCUCCUUUUCCCCCAUUGCUUCCACUGGGAAGCCACUGUCCCGCUGUGGAAAAUGCCACCGCUUCAUGAAGUACAUCCAGGCCAAGCCCAUCAGACUCCACUGCUCCCACUGUGAUGAGACCUACAGUCUUCCUCAGAAUGGAGCUAUCAAGCUGUACAAGGAGCUCCGCUGUCCACUGGAUGACUUUGAACUUGUGCUAUGGACCUCAGGGGCCCGGGGCAAGAGCUACCCCCUAUGCCCUUACUGUUUCAGCAACCCACCUUUCAGAGACAUGAGGAAAGCCAUGGGCUGUAAUGAAUGUACCCAUCCAUCAUGUCAGCAUUCUCUCAACUCCUUGGGAAUCGGACAGUGUGUGGAGUGCGAUUGUGGUGUUCUGGUCCUUGAUCCUACCUCUGGACCAAAAUGGAAGAUGGCCUGUAAUAAAUGCAAUGUGGUAGUGCACUUCUUUGAACAUGCACAUAAAGUGCAGGUUGCUCAAGAAAGCUGCGAUGUGUGUGAUGCCUCUCUGGUCGCGGUGGACUUUAACAAGACUCGCAGUCCACUUCCUGCUGGCGAGACCCAACACACCGGCUGUGUUUUCUGUGAUUCUGUCUUUCAGGACUUGGUGGAGCUCAAGCACGCCACCAUGAGGCACUCAAUGUACCGGAGUGGGAAUGCGAGAGGAGGAGGACGUGGGCGCGGGAGGGGCCGUCGUGGCAAUCCCAAAAAACCUAAAGACAAAAUGGCCGCCCUGGCAGCUUACUUUGUAUAGUUUCUGUUUUAGGCCACACUUUUUCAUUCAAUGUUUUUCCUUUAUUUUUUUUUAUUUGUCUGAAAUGAAAGAUUAAUACUGAAGAUAUCAGAACUGUCAAGGAGCACAUGUUUGGAUGUAGUAAACAAACAAAUGUCAAAUAAAACAGAAUGUGUUUUAUAUUUUAGAUUCUUCAAAUCAGUCACAUUUUGCUUUACACACUCUUGUGCAAAGCUGUCAUUUCAAUUAACUUCAUGAGGUAGUCACCUGGAACAGUUUUCCAACAGUGUUGAAGGAGUUCUCAGAAGUGUUGGUCCCUUAUUGGCUACUUUGCCGUCACUCUGUGGUCAUCAUCCUCCUUGUUGACUUUAGGUCAGGUGUUUGUGGAGGCCAGGUCAUCUGUUGCAGCAUUCUCUCUCCAUCUCUCUCCAUCUUGGUUAAAUAGCACUUACAUAGCCUGCAGAUGUGUUUGGGGUCAGUAUUGGAAAAACAAGUGAUGGUCCCUCUAAGUGGAAACUAGAUGGGAUGGCACGUUGCUUCAGAAUGCUGUAGAAGCCUUAAAUUUGGAAUAAAUCGCCAACACUGUCACCUUUAAGGCACCCACACACCCAUUGCUGUAGCCAUCACUGAAGUCCCCAAGGUCUGGACCUUGGUAUUUUUUCCAAGGUCUAUAUAUUGAUAAAGCCAGCUAGUUAAACUGAACAUGAAAUUGUGAAUAAACAAUGUUAUUGACAAGAACUGGGCAUAUAAUCAUUUUUAUCUAAACAAGACAAGGACAAAUAAAAUGAGUCAGUACAAAACA